AUGGCUUUCAUCCUCAACAAAACUGCUGUUGGCUCUCAAUUGCGGUCUCACUUUCAGAUUCAGGGAGCAAGAAACAAUGCCCUUUCCCUCUCGCGUCGCCAAUUUCAUGUAGAACCAGGAAAGCGCAAACUAGCUCUCUUGGCUGAGGACCCAUCUUUAAAGCGAUUCAAGUCACAUAAGCCUAAUGUGAGGCGACUUAUGAGAGUGGGAGAUGUACUCACUAUAGUUGUUGUAGCAGGCUGUUGCUAUGAAAUAUAUACUAGAGCAGUGAUGCGAGAAGAGGCUCGAAAACAAGCAAAUCCGGAAAAUUGAAGUGCAUAAUGAUGAGUUUAUGUGUCUCUCUUUGGCCUUAAUAGUUCAGGCAACUAUAGCAGGAAUAUUCUGACUUUCAAAUGCAGAAAAAAUGGCUACAUUUACUUGAUUUGAAUUUAUGUUUUCCAGCCUCUUUCUUAAUAAGAUUUGUUGUAGUGGUG